GUUUGUUUUAUCACCCACCUGUAUUUUGCGUAUUAUUAUUAUAUAUUCAUUAUAAACAAUGUCAACAAUUAUGAUAGCGCAUACAAAUUGCUGAGAAUUAUCAAAGUUCUUAUCUUAUCUACUUUAAAAUAAAUAAACAACUAACAAUCCUAAGCAAAUAUUUGGUAUUAGGUAGAUAAGGGAACAUCUAUUGAAUAUUGAAUAUUUUCUGCUCGUCGAGUGACAGUCUGCCUGGCGCUUUACUUUAAUUUUAUUUUUGUUUUUGUAAUGUUGGCUGACCGAUUACACUGAUUUGCUACUUUGCUGUUGACAAAUGACAAAUGAUUACUGAACUGAUAGUAUAAAAACAACUAGAGGAGAGUGAGUAAAUAGUAAUCUUACUGGGGGGCGUUUUGGCCUACAUUUGUUGUUAGUACACAUUUGAAGUACUGCGAAAUCAAGUCGGACGAAUUUUACUUUCAAUAGCUUAAAAUGGAGUGAGUGAUAUUGCAAAUGCAUAAUUAAAUACAACACCUUUAUUACGUUUGUCAUUUUGUUUCCUUAACCAUGGCUCGUAGGUUUGUAACAAAUUUAAUGCAGUGGUUGCACCCUAAAGAUGAUGAGAGGAAUUUGAUAUCCGCUACAUUCCACAUGAUCACCAUAACCCUUAUAAGUAUGUCUCUGGUAGACUUGACUUGGUUCAACGUCUCGGGGACGCUUUGUGUACCUUACUUGACUCUGGGCCAGUUUUUUUGGUUCGGUUUCACCAAGGACGGAAUAGAUUAUUCGGAAUAUCGCUGUAUCAACACCACAAUCGUAAACAUGAUGAGAACUACGAUUUUAUUGUGUUUUAUGACGAUUAUCUUUGCGUUGUUAGGGUUCUUCCUCGACAUAAUCGGACCGAAAGGGUUGUUGUAUAGAAUGGCAAGGAAGUAUGGCGUCCUUGGUACAUGUACGGUGCUGUGGAUAAUGGCUAUUAUAAGUCUGUCGUAUUAUAUAGUUGUUCUGCUAGAGGAUUCUAUAGGUAAAAUUAAUCCGAACCUUGAUGCUGAGGUGACUUAUGGACUGGGUUUUUAUUUAGUGGCCGCAUCGGGAGGUGUUUCCUGCCUGGGGAUAAUAUACACCCUCAUCCUUCCAUUUAAUUCUUCCACUUAUCUAAGGGACGACGACAGAUGCCUUAUCGAUGGAUUCGAGGACGGUUUGGACACCUUCAACAGUCCAACGCCGCCACCCCCGUACAGUAUACCACCCCCGCCCUAUACCCCUUGAUACAAGACGAUAGGCUACUAAACCAAAGCAGAGUACGGCGGGCACAGCAAGACCCGAGUUUGAAAACUUUUACUCUUAACAGACAAUCUCUUUGUUUUCUCGACAUAUGUGAUAUAGAAAGGGGUGAAGGGUGGUUUUUCUUAGUGACAUAUCGGAUUGUUUUUGAUGUUACAGUUCUGUUUGCGGUUCUAACUUUACGGUCUUACUUUGCCCGCUGCACGCAGACAUAUAUGUAUAUUUAGAAAAGUAUAUUUUGCUAUUAUAAAAAAACUAUAUAUUUACUGUAACAAUACAUGUGAUAGAGGUUACUAUCUAGUCUAUUAAGGUCUGUCCUCGGUUUCCUUUGGAAUAUAACGAAUUUGAAUCUUUUGGAAAGCGUCGGUGUGGGGAAAUACCGAGACGGGAGAUAUAAAUCUGUUUCAGUUUUGAUUUUUAAGUGAUGGAAGGUACAAAACGUAAUUGAAAUAUUGUUUAAAUAUGCAGGUGCGCAAAAAACAUGUUUUAUUGUCUAUUUCUUUGAAAGACUGGACUAAAUUCAAAAUAUAUUCAAUUAUGCUUUUCGUGUAUUUUUGUGUACACCCUGUAUAUAUGUUUUAUUAGUUACUGUAUAUAUUUCCUAGGCUUAUAUUAUUUCUGUAUUUUGUUUAGGUUAAUCUUGUAGGUGUUGCAUAAGGUCCGUCGAGGAGUUGAUUUUUGUUUUUCGGUUAUUUGUUUUUUUUGCCAUUUCUAUAUCUGUCGUAAAUUUGUACGUUUUUGCAACUUUUCAGUUUCAAUAUUGCAAUAAAUGGUACUUAAAAAUUAACGAGACUAGAUUUUCAGUUUAAAAAUGGAAAUGGCAGAGUUUGGACCUAACACACUUUUUAAAUUUGCAUGUAAACGGUACUAGGAUAAGGAUUUGUUUGUUUUUUUAUUUGUUUCGUUUCCUUUAAAAUGCUUUUAAAAGUUAAUAAAGAAAACUUAUUUUUUAA